UGUCCAUUAAAUAUAUUUCCCUGGAGUCGGCGAAUCAAGAACAAGAACAAGAACAGGAACAAGAACAAGGCAAACCCAUUGGAUGUCAGUUGCAGCUCACAAGCCGAGAAAUGCGGCUAACUGUUUGUCUUCUGUUCAGUUUGGCGUUGCUGCUGCCGCUGCCGCAAUGUCACGCGACACUGGUGAUGCAGAUGGAGACAACCUCAAGGUUGAAGUCGCUGUCGCUGGCAAUGGCCCAGGUGCUGCAACAGUCGGAGAUGUCGCACAGCCAGACGCUUUACGUUCACUUGAAGUACAGCUCGCUGACGGCUCGGUCGCCGCUGCUGGAGCUGUUGGGUGGCGUGUUGAUGGCAUUGCCAGCCGCAGCGCCGCAACCGCGCUACCUGUUCCAGCAGAGGGUCCUGUCGUACAGGCCGUAUAGGCAUGCUGUGCUGUUGCUGGUGGAGGAUCUGCGUGCACUGCAGCGCCUCUACGAACAGCUGGGCGCAACGAGCGAUUUGUCCUAUACGCUCAUCUAUAUGCUGGAUCCGCAGCCGGAGCUGGUCAUGAAGCUGCUGUGGAACCGCAGCGUGCUGAAAGCAGGCCUGCUGGUGUUCGACGGACAGGACCUGCUGCUGCUCAGCUAUUUUCCGUACAGUGCGAAUCACGGCUGUCGGCGUGUCCGUGCCAGUGUUGUGAAUCGAUUUGACGGCAAGCUGGGUGCUUGGGAGCUCGACGAAUAUUUCCCAGCCAAGCUGGACAACUUCUUUGGCUGCACUUUGACCUGCGCCACGUGGCCGGACAUGCCGUAUUUGGUGAGACGCGAUGAUGGCACCUUCCUGGGCAUCGAGGGCGAACUGCUGCAGUUCAUGGCCGAUAAUUUGAACUUUUCCGUCGGCCUCUACUGGCUGAACGAGUCGCAAGUGCGUGAGACUUUCGAUGAGUCCGGCUGGGUGUUCGAGAAGAUCUUUAGUAAAGCGGAAUAUGCUCUGGGUGGCUUCCACUAUAAGCCCAACGAGCGGGAUGAGGUGCCCUAUUCGCAGUCGAGAUACUACUUCAUGAGCCACAUUAUGCUGGUGACCAAUCUGCCUAGUGCUUACUCGGCCUAUGAGAAACUGGCAUUUCCUUUUGAUCCCGCUCUGUGGCGGGCCAUCGCGCUGGUCCUAGCGCUGGGCUAUUUCGUAGUUUGGCUAUUGAACCGAUUUGCGAAGAAGAUGCCGCAGCAUCCGUAUUACCAGCUGCUGCUGCUGACCAUAGGCGGAAAUCUGUUGUCCCGGCAACUGCCGCAGCGCGUAUCGCUGCGCCUGCUGCUGGUCACGUGGCUGCUGUGCACCCUGGUCAUACGCAGCGCCUACCAGUCGGGCAUGUACCAGAUGCUGCGCCAGGACAGGCAGCGCAAUCCGCCACAGACUAUAGCCGAGGUGCUGGCCCAGAGGUAUACGGUUCAGCUGGCGCCUGGCAAUGCGCAGCGCUGGAUGGAAAGUCUGCCGGAGCUGAAGGAUCGGGAGCCGCCGCAGGAGCUGGAGACCAGCGAGCUGCAGUCCUUUGCCGGCCUGGCUGCGCUUAGCGGCAGCGAUAAGCGUGUGGCGAUCAUAACGCCAUACGAAUACUUCGGCUACUUUCGCAAGGUGCACGCGAUGAGUCGCCGACUGCAUCUGGUCAGGGAGCGCAUCUUCACCCAGCAGCUGGCGUUCAAUGUGCGCCGGCACUCGCAUCUGGUUGGUGUGCUCAACAAGCAGAUUAUGCAGGCCCAUUCGCAUGGCUUCCUCGAGCACUGGACGCGCCAAUAUGUUAGCGCUGUGGAUGAAUCCGAGCAGAGCAUCGCCCGGAUCCCUGCGGUGCCCUACGAGACGCUCAAUGGCUAUCAGCCGGAGGGCGAAAUCGAGCAGCGCGAGGAUGAGGCAGUGCAGGCCAAACUAUUGGUAUUAUCCUUCAAGGAGCUGGCCGCCCUCUUCUGGCUAACGCUGUGGGCCCUACUCGGCUCUGUGCUCGUCUUUGGCCUCGAACUGUUGCUGCAUAAAUAAUGCUCGAAAUUUAUUUUGUGCUAAAACGUUUUAAUUAAAUUACUUCAUAAUCCAGCAGUGCACAUGCCGAGGAAACGACUCUGGGAUACCCUGUCUGCCGUGCCAUGGUCUUUG